CGAAGACCGGGGACAGCACAAAGUUCAAUCGAUGCCGACUCUUGCCAAGAUUUCAGCAGCGCAAGUUGUCAACGCUCAUUUCUUUUCUCGAUCCACUCGCCGCGGCGUCAAGCAAGCUUCGAUCGCGAGUAACGCGAGUAAGACCUGGACGAAUGCCAGCAUGAUGCAGAUGACUGCAACUGUGGAAGAAAUACAGAAAACACGACUAAUCACUGCCAUCAAGACCCCCUACUUGGCGAGUGGCAAAAUUGACCUUGCUGCAUACGAUAAGCUAGUUGAAAAUCAAAUUGAGUGUGGUGUCGGUGGACUAGUAGUUGGUGGCACUACAGGAGAGGGCCAGCUGAUGUCGUGGGACGAGCACAUCAUGCUUAUCGCACAUACAGCGAAGCUCUAUGGUGAUAAACUACAAGUAAUCGGAAACACGGGCUCGAACUCUACCCGCGAAGCUGUUCAUGCCUCAUCUCAAGGCUUUGCCGUUGGCAUGGACGCCGCGCUGCAUAUCAAUCCGUAUUAUGGCAAGACCUCCAAGAAAGGAAUAAUUGCGCACUUCAAUGCAGUGCUGAAAUAUGGCCCGACGAUUGUGUACAAUGUCCCUGCCCGCACUUCUCAAGACAUAAGUCCAGAAAUAAUGCUCGAAUUGGCUGAGCAUAAGAAUUUUGCUGGUAUAAAGGAAUGUGAAGGCAAUGCUCGCAUUAAGUAUUACACUGAUCAGGGAAUUGUUUGCUGGUCUGGAAAUGAUGAUGAAGCGCAUGAUGCAAGAUAUGAAGCUGGAGCUGUGGGGGUCAUCUCUGUAACCAGCAAUAUAGUUCCGAGGUUGAUGUCUCAGUUGAUAAAUGACGGGCCGAAUCCCGAGCUUCGUGAUAGACUCUUACCGAUGAUGAUCUCUACUUUGAGGUUAUUCACCGAGCCUAAUCCCAUCGGAUUAAACACCAUGCUUGCCAUGCUAGAUUGUGCUGAGCCAGUCUUCCGGCUUCCAUAUAUUCAGUACGAUGAAGAACUUAGGGCACAGGGCGCUGCACUUAUCAGAGGAAUAGGUCUUGAGCACACGCCUGGAAGCAAGCUACUUGACCUUAGAAAUUCAGACUUUACAACGCUGAGCGAAUGGUGACCGAUAGUUUUGAGUUGUGGAAUCGUUUUCUCAACAAGAUCGUAUAUUUUGAAAAAAAACUCAAGAGCUGUGACAAAAGUUUGAAUGUCAUUUCAUCAGACCAAAUAUGUGUUUUUUGUAUCCAAAUAGGUUCAAAAAUAAAUAUGAGGCGUGCGAAACACCGCGUGUGCCUUAAUUUGCAGCCUUUCUGGAAUCAUUCAUAGUACUGGGGUGUAGCCGUGUACAGUGAGCAUAGAUUCCGCAGUUGAAAUUGUUCUUAUACUUGGCUCAUAUCAUCACAUCCACAGAUUAGAUCAUGGAUGACGCUGCCUUACAUAGAAAGCUGAGAGAAAAUGUAAGAGAAAAUGUACUCAUGUACUGUGCUUCAUUCGCGAAGAUUUUGCAGCACUUCGGGUAUUCGAAAGGGUUUAUGAACUCAGGCAUACUAACAAAUCGUAGACGUCAGCAAUUAAGUAUGCAACUUCAGGAUGUGGAUGCGGUGCAACAUCACUCUCGAGUUGUGCAUGACCUAACCUGGCCACCAAGGCUACAUAGUACUCAGAGAAAGGUACAAGGUCUACAAGUAUAAAAAUGUACGUUGACUGGAAACGUAGAAUAACACAAGGGACGAAAUAAAUAAGAGUAGGUGGUCGAUAAAUCAGAAAGCUACAUAUAUCAUC